CUCCUCCUUUGUAUUAUAUAUUCUUCCAAUCAAACACAACAACAACAACAAAUAACAAUGGCCAGUGUAUUAAAAGGAUUGAUGGGAGUUUCUGAUAAAAAAAAGACUUUUAAAAAGAAUAUCGAUUGUGACAAACAAUUGAAUGAAAGGAUGAAGAAUGCUAUGCAGAAAUCAACUUCAUCUUUGGGUAUUGCCGGUUUGGAAAAUACUGUAAAAUUACCACCUGGUGAAAAGAAGAAUGAAUGGUUGGCUGUUCACGUUGUAGAUUUUGUAAAUGGAAUUAAUAUUCUUUAUGGUUCUCUUGAAGAAUACUGUACACCAAGUACUUGUCCUAAAAUGACAAGUGGUGAAAAUUUCGAAUACUUGUGGAUGAAUCCAGAUGAUCCAAAAUAUGAUAAACCAACAGCAGUUUGUGCAAAGGAUUAUGUUACCUUGUUAAUGGAAUGGGUUGAAAGUUUGUUAAAUGAUGAAAAUGUAUUUCCAACUGAUGCGAGUCAAGAUUUUCCAAAGGAUUUUGGAAAAAUAAUUAAAAAUAUUUUCAAGAGAUUAUUCCGUGUCUAUGCUCACAUUUAUGCUCAUCACUUGGAACAAAUUAAAAUUCUUGGAGAAGAAGCCCACUUAAACACUGCUUUCAAGCAUUUCAUGUACUUUACAUUCGAGUUUGAUUUAAUUUCUGGAUCUGAACUGGAACCAAUGGCAGAAGUUAUUGGAUCCUUAAUGGGUGAAAAAUUCAAGGCAAAACUCAAAAAGUAAACAAUUAAUCACAUAAC